GGGAGACCGCGACGCAGUGCAUUCUGGGUUGGCGCAGCUAUGGCGGCUCGUGUCCUUUCCGUCUGUGUCCGCCGCCUGCCCGCGGCCUUCGCGCCGCUGCCCCGGCUUCCCACAUUGGCCUUGGCCCGGCCACUCAGCAUCACUGUCUGCCCCGAGGGAACCCGGAGGAGGUCUGGGACUCUGCAGUCCGCCCUGGCCCUCACGCAGGUGCCUGGAAGGGUCACAAACUUGUGCCGCCAGUACAGUGACGCACCCCCUUUGACGUUAGAGGGAAUUAAGGACCGAGUGCUGUAUGUCUUGAAACUCUAUGACAAGAUUGACCCAGAAAAGCUCUCAGUAAAUUCUCAUUUUAUGAAGGACCUGGGCUUAGACAGUUUGGACCAAGUGGAGAUUAUUAUGGCCAUGGAAGACGAAUUUGGAUUUGAAAUUCCUGAUAUAGAUGCAGAGAAGUUAAUGUGUCCACAAGAAAUUGUAGAUUACAUUGCAGAUAAGAAGGAUGUAUAUGAAUAGUUUCAGAGCCUUCUUCCUCAUCCGGAGGACUCCGAGAAUGCCCGAUUGCAUCAUGGCUGACUGACAGCGGUUCUGUUGGACUUGUAUUUAAAUUGUCUGAGUGUUUUACCCUUUAAAAAUAAAUCUAUUAUAAAACUAA